AUGGCUUCGAAAGGAGAGACCGACAGUUUGAGCGAGGAGGUGAUUUGUCCCGUCUGCCUGGAUUUCUUCACCGAUCCGAUUAUACUGGAGUGUGGACACAACUUCUGUCGCUCUUGUAUCACACAGUAUUGGGAAAGGGAGGAGAGAAACUCCUGCCCGGAAUGUAGAGAGGAGUUUGCUGACCGCACCCUCAGGGUGAAUCGGGCCUUAGCAAAUCUGACACAGAAAGUUCGGAAUCUAAGCCUGAAUCCGAAAGGGAAGGAAAGUAAACGUCACUGCGAGGAACAUGAGGAAGAACUGAAGCUGUUUUGUGAAACAGACAAGACACUGAUCUGUAUGAUCUGUGCAGUGGCGGAGGAACACCGAGAGCACCGCUUCCGGCCGAUUAAAGAAGCUGUUAAAAAAUACAUGGAUCAGCUAAAAUCUUCCUUAGACUCUCUCACAAAAAAGGAAUCAGACUUCCAGGAAAAGGAGCAGCAACAGAAAGAGAAGAUUUCCGGAGUUCGGGAACAGUCACACAGCCUUCAGUCCCACAUCACAUCGCAGUUUGCUGAACUGCGCCAGAUUAUCACUGAGAAAGAGCAGAGCUUACUCAGGGAUCUCAGGGAAGAAGAGAAGAGGAUUCUCAACCCAAUGGAGAAAAAUCUUCUAGCUCUUCAAGAGAAUAUAAGGAUUAUUCAGGAGGAAAUCACUAAGUUAAAGGAACAGAUGGAUCAAAAAGACAGUGUGAUAUUUCUCAAGGAGGAAGCUCGUCGGAACAGAAGGAUUAAUGACGAUGUCCAGGAAUUGUCAGUGACAGAUGAGACCCUACCGGUUGAAAAAUUCGAUCACCUCUAUUUGUUGAACACAGUGCUGAGAGAAACGCUUGAUGCUAUUAAUCGAGUUUCGGAGAAUGAGAGGAGAUCUCAUGGAAACACAAAAUUCUUUCAGGGGUCAACAGGCAGGAGUGAGCGAGGAUGUUUCCCCUGUUCAGCGGAAAACCCUUGUGGAGACAUCUGCUUUUGUCGAAUCAAAGUCUCUGUCACCCUGGAUGUGGAAACGGCGAAUCCGGAGCUCGAGGUGUCUGAGGAUCGGAAGAGUGUGAGAGGGACCGAGACCUGGAGGAAUCUCCCUGACACCGGGAAGAGAUUCACAUACUGGGCUUGUGUGCUGGGAUCGGAGGGAUUCACAUCGGGGAGACAUUACUGGGAGGUGGAGGUGACGGGGAAUCGGUUCUGGUGGCUGGGAGUCGCCGCAGAGUCUGUGAAGAGGAAGAGACGGGUCAGUCUGAGUCCGGAGACCGGAUUCUGGGUCAUCAGGCGGGUUGGUGACGUGUUAUAUCGGGAUUAUGACGUGUCCCGCGUUCUCCCCUCCCCCGGGUCCCGUCUCGCUGCCGGUCCCAUCCCCGGGAGGGUGGGAGUUUAUCUCAGUUACGAGUCCGGGACAGUUUCAUUUUACAACGCGGAGACCAAGUCCCAUCUCCACACCUUCACUGGGAAUAAAUUCACGGGGAAACUUUAUCCUUUCUUCGCGACCUGGGAUAGAAACCAGUGGCUGAGAAUCUGCUCCGGUUCCGCUCCGGGUCUGUAAACCGGUCGGGUCCCGGGACCGGCGUCAGGAGUAAAGUCCCUGUAAAUAUAAAUGUGCGGAGAGUGCAGCUAAAUACGUGGCUCAGGGGAUGGUGCAGGAGGGAGGGCUUCAUGUUUCUGGACAAUUGGGCUUUGUUCCCGGGAAGGUGGGGCCUGUUCCGACGGGACGGUUUGCCCCUAAACUGGGCGGGGGGGGGGGGGCAAUAACAUUCUUGCGGGUAGAUUUGCCAGUGCUGCUCCGGGGAAUUUAAUCUAGAUUUGCAGAGGGAGGGGAACCAGAGUGUUAGAGCAGAUAGUGAGGUGCAGGAGGAUAAGGAACAUGAGAGGACUGCAUGUAUAAACGGAAUUGAAAAAAAAGCAGAUGAUAUACAUAUUCUCAGGUACAUCUAUUUCAAUGCACGGGGUAUUGUCGGUAAAACAGAUGAGUUUAGGGCUUGGGUUGACACGUGGGAUAACGACAUUACUGCUAUUAGUGAGGGGCAGAACUGGCAGCUUAAUGUUCUGGUAAAAUUGGAGAACGGCCAAUUUUGUGGAAAUGAAAAAGGAUCUAGGAAGAAUGGAUUGGGAUUAAGUUUUU